AGGAAAGCGGGGCGCAAGGCGGGACUUUGCUGGGGUGGCGACCAAUAGGCUACGGGGGGCAGGGCUUCGCGUGGCGAAUAGCUGACGGGAUCGGCCGGGGCUGGGCCUCCCAGAGCACCUCUCCAGUGGGCCCGAACGCAGCAAGUAAAUUUCCGUAUGGCGUCCCCUGAAAUUGUUUCCAUCUCAUGGGGUCAAAUCAAAGUGCAAGGCUCCAUGAAAACAUAUAAGGAUUGCAAAGUAUGGCCAGGAGGUAGUCAGGCAUGGGAUUGGAGAGAAACAGGAACAGAGAGCUAUUGCUGGGGCUUCAUGCCUGCAAGUUUCUACCAUCUUUGGCAGUGUCUCACCCUCAUGCUGGUAGGGACCAAGUGAUUGAUCCUGGGUCCUCAUGCAUGCAUUCUCCAGGUGUGCAACCAGCAGAUGUGGAAGAUGUGGUCAAGCAGGGUGUGCAGACCCUUGUGAUUGGCCGAGGGAUGAGUGAGGCACUGAAGGUGCCUGCAUCAACCAUGGAGUAUCUCCUGAAACAAGGCAUUGAUGUGCGGGUGCUCCAGACAGAGCAGGCAGUGAAGGAGUACAACUCUUUGGCUGCCCAGGGCAUCAGGGUGGGGGGUGUCUUCCACUCCACCUGCUGAUGGAACCUUGAGAAAAGAAUAAAUCACUAAGCAGCA